CGGACCAGAGCGGGUUUAGUGUGGAUACGCAGCGGCGGAGCGCACGGCUGAGGACUCUACAGCGCAACUCAAAACACAAAUGGAUAUUUACGUGGCUUUGUUUCCUCUUUUCUUUUUUACCAAACCAGCUUUGGCUUUUGGAUCAGAUCAAGACUACCAGAUUGAUAUCAUCAACGAACUUGACCUGGUAAAUGCCACCUAUGGAAUUACCCAAGUGGCAGGGCUUCACAACAGCAGCAAAGCCUUUCUCUUCCGAGAUGUUGGGAGAGCAGUUCAUGCCCCUGCACACAUCACAGAGAAAGUGGUGCAGCUGUUCAAGAGGAAAACUGAGUUUACCUUCUUGGCCUCCAUCCAGCAGAAGUCCUCCACGUCAGGAGUCAUUUUCUCCAUCCACGAGUCAGAACACAGUUACUUUGAGCUGGAGAGCAGCGGGGUGAGGGAGGAGAUCCGCUACCACUACCGCUUCAAAGGCAAGCCACGCUCCGAGUCCUUCCCCUACCGCCUCGCUGACGGCCAAUGGCACAAGAUCGCCCUCACCAUCAGUGCCACCCACCUACUGCUGCACGUCGACUGUAACAGGAUUUAUGAGCGGGUGAUAGAUCCUCCUCAGAUGGAGAUCACUCCAGGCAGUGGAGUAUGGCUCGGCCAGCACAGCCACAAGCAUGGCCUAUUCAAGGGUGUUAUCCAGGAUGUGAAGCUGAUUUUUGCUCCCAACGGCUACAUCACGCAGUGUCCCAACCUUAACCGCACCUGUCCAACCUGCAGUGAUUUCCUGAGCCUGGUACAAGGCAUCAUGGAUCUUCAGGAGCUACUGGCUAAGAUGACCCUGAAGUUGAACUACGCAGAGACGAGGCUUACCCAAUUGGAGGGCUGUCAUUGCGAAAGGACCUGCAGCGCCAACGGCCUGGUCUACAGGGAUAAGGAGCUGUGGGUGGAGCCUGAGAACUGCAGGAACUGUGGAUGUAAGAAUGGUGUGGUGGAGUGUCGCAGGAUUUUCUGUUCUCCAGCCAACUGCUCAGAGGACUCACUGCCUGUACACGUUGAUGGGACUUGCUGCAAGAAAUGCAGACCGAGAUGUACCUACAUGGGCCAGACCUUUUCCGAAGGCCAGCGCUUUUUAUCCAGAAGCUGCAGGGAAUGCAAGAAUGGCCUGAUGGUGAAAGUCACAGAAACUUGUCCAGAGCUUAACUGCACUGUCAGUGAACAGAUCCUACCAGAUGGCCGAUGCUGCAAUGUUUGUAGAGGUUAUGACUUCUGCGCAGAGGGACUUAUUUGUGGAGAAAACUCUGAGUGUAAAAACCGGAAUACUAAAGCAGAGUGUGAGUGCAAGAGCGGCUAUGCCUCCAUCCACGGGGACUCUACUUACUGUGAAGAUAUUGAUGAGUGUGCGACCCAGAUGCAUUACUGCCAGUCCAACACGGUUUGUGUCAACCUGCCUGGCAGCCAUCGCUGUGACUGUCUGCCCGGCUUCAUCAGAGUGGACGAAUACUCCUGCACCGAGCAUGACGAUUGUGCCAGCGGCCAAAAUGUGUGUGAUGAGAACGCCAUCUGCACCAACACCAUCAGAGGACACCUGUGUACCUGCAAGCCGGGCUACGUGGGCAAUGGCACCAUCUGCAGAGCUUUCUGUGAGGAGGGUUGCAGGAGCGGCGGGACCUGUGUGUCUCCCAACACAUGUGUGUGUCCCUCAGGAUUUACAGGACGCCAUUGUGAGACAGAUAUUGACGAGUGUGCAGAGGGCCUGAUCCAGUGCCACAACCACUCUCGCUGUGUCAACCUGCCCGGCUGGUACCACUGUGAGUGCAGAAGUGGUUUCCAUGACAAUGGCUCCUACCUGCUCGAUGGGAGAUCCUGCAUCGACAUUGAUGAGUGCAGUUUGCAGACACAUACUUGCUGGAAUGACAGUGUGUGCGUGAACCUCCCAGGAGGCUACGACUGUGUUUGUACGUCUGGUCCAGGCUGCGGUGGCGACUGCCAACAGGAAGAGGAAAUCAGACGCAAUGGAGAGGAUUGGAAACCCAGCUUUGACCACUGUGCCAUAUGCUCCUGCAAGGACGGGCAGACGUACUGCAGGAGGAGACCCUGUGACUGUGGAGACCCAGACGAAGAUCUGUUCUGCUGUCCCGGCUGUGACAACAGGCCCAGCAGCCAGUGCCUGGAUCAGAGCGGACGCACACUCUAUCGCAGCGGAGCAUCCUGGCUCUACGGCUGCCAGCAGUGCCGCUGCAUGGAGGGGGAGGUGGACUGCUGGCCUCUGGUAUGCCCCAUGUUGAUGUGUGAGUACACAGCAGUGGCAGAGGGCGAGUGUUGCCCGCGCUGCGUCGCAGACCCCUGCCUGGCAGACAACCUGUCGUAUGACAUCCGGCAGACGUGUCAGGACCCCGCUGGUGCUGUCCGCCUGAGCGGGGACACAUGGCAUAUGACCAACUCACCUUGUACUAGCUGCAAGUGUAAGAAUGGGAAUGUUUGCUGCUCGGUGGAUCUUGACUGCCUUCAGAACAACUAAAGCUCUCCUCCUCCGUUCCUCCUUUCACUGCCACGCCCCCACCUCCAUCUGAUGAAGCUCCCUUUGGAUUCAUAUAACAGACUCACGCACACACCUGUGCAUGCCAGUGUGUGCACCAAAAAUACAAGCAUGCACUGGAAAAACUGGGGUGUUAAGGCUGUGCUUUUAUGCCAUGACUCAACAAACAUCUAACGUGUGAAUGUGUGUGUGUGUGUGUGUGUGUGUGUGUGUGUGUGUGUGUGUGUGUGAGUGUGUGGGUGUGCGCGCGUGCGUGCGUGCGCGCGUGCGUGCGUGCGUGCGUGCGUGCGUGGCUCAGAAGGAGACUGAGGCCAUAGUUUCUCUCACACAGUCACUGUGUUUUGUAUAUGUCUUUUUGUUGUUUCCCUUUCACUAAAUGUCUUGAGGAAACAUGUUAAGCAUGUCUCAGACCUGAAAACAGAGACAAGCAUCCGAGUGUUGUCGUAAGGGAAAGAAUUCAAAACUGAAUAGACUGUGAGAUGUUCCGGUUGUCCGUGUUGCAGAAUGUAGAAGUUGUCAUAAAACAUUCAUCAUUGUGGUAACAAAAAAGUAAUCGACCCUCAUUAUAUAUGGUUUACUGCGAAGCAGGAAAUUGGUAGAUGGGGAUAUCACAGCUUUGGGAAAGCUAGAAAAUACCUCAUCUGUAUUUAGAUCUGUUUAUCACCCACAUUACUCCAUCCACACUCAGCAGCUGUCUGCUUUUUCAACUUCAGGGACGGGAUCCUGCAAUGUCUAUGUGAGUAAAUGUCACAUAUCCAAGGGCAAGGCCUGUGCCAAAUGUGAAUGAACCUACAAAUGUGACUAUGAAAUUCCUGGAAUCGGGGACUCUGCGAAUGUUUUCAUUGCAGCCAUCAGUAUCCCAUUGUGCAACAAUAAGAGGUCUAACGGAACGUUAAUUAUCAUCAUACUCAUUUUAGCUAGGCGACUUGCUGGGGUUGAAUUAAUUUGCCCUCAAAGUACAGAUUCUGUCUGAUGCGUUUCAUACUGAGGCCUGUGUUAAUAUCAGGGCCAUAGGCUGAAACGCUUCCUUCUCAUAAUGAAGUUCUCAAUUCCUCAUGUGUUACUGGUGCUUUCAGUUUUAACAAGCAGCACCUGCACGCAUCGUUAGUUUUGGUCUCUCUGAGGCAGAUCAUGUCACCGGGAAAAAGAAGGUGCAGUCUUGACGUUUGCUUUGAAUGUGAAGACCAUCAAGCAGUGAUUCAGUGUUGGAAAUGGGAACAAUUCCUGUUGAGAAACCAUUUAGGCUUUUUUCUUCUCUCAUGUUUGGUGUCUGAAAGUGUUCACUGUUAACCCCAUUUGUAGAAUCCAUUGUCUCGCCCCUCUCUGUGAUUGCACCCCUGAGGGUGUCUGUGUUUAUUUCAAAUAAACCCCAGCCUUCAGUUACUUUAAAAGUUCUGCCUUUGUGUGUCACAUCCAUCAGAUGAUCCAGGCUCUGAAUUAGCUGUUGUCAGUUGAGCCAUUAACGCUGCUGUCCCUCAGCCUCAGUGUCUCCUCUCUGAUGUGAUUGACUGCUAGAUAGCCAGUCAUAACAAGUGAUGAUAUCAAAAGCAUGUGUAAGCAGUUCAAUGGUGAGCAACAGAUCCCUGCAGGCUAAAUGAAGCAGCAGCCAAGGCUGUUGUUAAAAUCUUCAGAGCUCGUGAGGGUCAGACUUCUCCGCCGUCUCUCAGGGCUACUUAGCUCUGAACCAGAUGGCGCACACAGAGAGGGGCAGAGAGAGAAACAUACCAAGAGAGAAAGUGCAGGAGGGUGGGUGUAAUUAAAGCCAUGUCACGCAGGCCUGGAUUUGAGUAUGCCAGGAGGUCUCCAAGUGUUGAAUUUGUUUACAGACAGCCAGGCUUAAUAAGGCCGGAGAGUCUGGGGCAUUUCACACUUUCGUAGCUCUGAUGCUGCAGUGGUCCCCCGCCCUGUUUUCACCCCUUAUCCAUUAUCCUCAAGCUUGUCUCGAAAGGCGCUAACGUUUCCCUCAAGUGUCGUUGUUAUCACCAUGUGUGUCCAUCACUGUCUGGUUUUUUUUUCCACCACAGACAACCAGGGGGCAAUUCGAACGCUGUCUCAAAAGUUUGUUAAAUGAGAACAAACUUUGAAAUGCGAACUACGUGUGGGGGCCAUGAAUUAUGCUUCAGCCAUGAAAUGAUUACCUGAUAACAGCGUUGUAGAUUUCGGGACUUUUUUUCCUCUUCCAGGAGAAUCAAUUUGCUGCCUCAGAAUGAAAAACUGCCUCCACAGAUGUAGAUAAUCCUUCACAGUGAAAAUUAAACCUUUAUUUUGUUUCAUAAAAGAUAAUUUUUUUCUGAAAAGCAAACCAGCUUGAGUUUCUUAACAGUUAUAGUAUUCUGUAUCAAAGUCAGGGACACUGGGAAACCUAGCACACCCACACUGAGACAUUUUUAAGAUCUAGGACAAAGUCUUUGAGUAGGCAUGGAAUUCACACCUGUGCCCAUCCCACCAUGUAGUUUGUGUGGCUAUAAAACUUAUCAUGACCCACUAGCUACCAAAUCACUCUAUCAUAGCCAUAAACAGUGCCUAUGGAGCACCUUUAAACUAGUCUAAGACAAGAUUAAUGAGCAUGCCAUAUCUCCCUAGAGGCAGGAAAUGACUAACUUCUACAGACUCCUCAAAUGUUAUGGGUCAAUAUCACAAUCAUUUCCUCCGGUAAAAGAUAUAUGUAAAUGAAAUAAUCUUGUCCUUUUCAUCCCUAAUGUGAGUUCUGUUGUGUCAUCAAUGCCUGCACUAGCUGUAAAGGAAAAAACAUUGAUGCAUUUUUCUGGAAAUUAAACCAUUGUCAGACUGUUGGUCUUAGGAGUUUAAAAUAAGUCUCCCCUCUUCUACGUCAUACUAGAUUUAGCUUUUGGUCCUCUUAUUUUUUUGGUCGACCUUAGUGGUUAAUUCACAAAACUUUGGGAAAGUUGAUGCUGGUUGUUGAACCUCCGGAGGGGACAGUUGCAUGCAGUGAGGUGUGCCGCCCCUCUGACCCCUCAGUCACAAUGUCCUUGUGUCCUCUUUGUUUGCCACCACAUCUGUUUGUGUCUCACUUGAGCAUUCCUCCCUGUUCUAUCCUCGAUAGUCACUAUGCCUCUUGUAAAACUAAAAAGGUCAACUGUGCACAGAGUACGGAGACACAAAAGAAAACCAAGUGAUGUAAAUGACAUCUGUACCCAUCAACACAGCAAUCGAAAGCAGACAUUUGUACAAAGGUCCACUGAAAACAAUGUUUUUAGAUUGCUCUGUUGAUUGAUUUGAUAUGAAAUAUGAUGACUACUGUAAAACACUAUUUGCAAGUCUGUGUGUAAAUGUUUUUACAUACUGACAAUAUGAUACAAUUAUACAGUUUUUUAAUUAUCAUUGUGUUCAUGAAUAAUGUGUUAAUUUCAGUGACUACUUUUCUUUUUGUGGGAUAGGCUCUGUUUUGCUGUAAAUACUGUUUAAAGUGAAGGGUUCUGUAAAGAGAGUACGACUAUGUGAAUAAUUCUCACUACCACAGCUUCUUAGGAUUUGAGAGUUGCAAGUCGAUUAUGACAGAGAAGCAACAUUUCUAUUGUUUUUACUAUUUCUUUAUUUUUCUAUUCUUGCCUUAACCCUUUUAGAAUUGGUCAUAGUUUAAUGUCUUUUCACUGUUUGGCAACAUUACACAACAUUAUGUAUUUGACUCGCCUGUGUAUGUACAGAUUUCUGAUCAGUGUGUCCCAGAAUAAAAUCAGAAGCUAAUUUUGAAAUACAGAUAAGUGGGACCAGCGCCAGUCCAAGGAGUCUUUGCAAAUGGACGAGGAGCCCAGGCGGACUUCAAUUCACAUGUUUUUAUUUUUCCAACACAUGUCUGUAUGAACUGAACAGUCUUAAUAAGAGCCCGACAAAAUAGAACUAUGUACACAUGUAAAAAAAAUCUGAUAUUGAAAAUGACAAUGUUGUUCUUGACUCAGUUCCUACAAAAAAAAAAGCAAGCCAUUGUGUUUAAUGUCUGACUUUUUAAAAUAAGCAGUUUUGGACCUUCUAGAUCCCGGUGUGCUUGUUCAUGUUUUGAUAGAGAAACACAGCGGAGGAAUCCUCCAGGUCUGUUCAUUGUUUCUUCUCCAGAUCAAAGUGGCCAACCUUAUUGUACCCAAAGGGUUAAGUGUCAUUUGACUUGAAGACUGUGUCGUGAUAAGAGUUUGCUGUUAAUAAAUAUUUUAGUUGUUUACUUUA